GUAAUCAAGGGUAUGUAGAUUUAAGUCCUCUCAUACCGUACUGCACAGAUAAGGCCAUCCCCUCCUCUUCCCAAUACAGAGGGGGAGAUAUCUUUACAAAUGGAGAUUUCUCUUAUAAAUGUAAAUGUUUGUCUGGCAACUCUUUGCAGGGCCACCUAGAGAAUGUGGCCUGGGAGAGACAGAAUUUUUGUUAAGAUGGGCUUGUUGGUGCCUUUCCUAUUGUAACAUCUAUUUUACAUUAUAUUAUAGCCAUCAUAUGAUAGUAACUCCUUCUUGGAACAGAUCUUCUAUGUUAAAUUCUUUAGGCAGUUUAGGGGAGGUCAGAUGUUCAUCAGAGAAAAUAAUCAAGGUAAAGAGACAUAAUUCAGAGUGGCCAAUUUUGAUCUCCCACACUGCUUAUAGUAAAAUGUGGGAAGAGCAAGUAUGCUAAAGAAAGGUCUAAUAAACAAAAAGGAGCUGGGACUUGAUGGUUUUGACCAUUAUCAGCCUCUCCAGACAGCCAGUGAUGAUAAAAUUAAGAAAUGGCUUCUUCCUAACAAAGAUAAAAACCAAGGCAUUGUCAGGAAAACUUGGUCUAAGGAUGAAGCUGAGGGUGUGGCUGUAAAAUCCUUUGUUAAUACUUAAGAAAGAUCUAAGGUGCUGCCUCAGAGUACUUUCAGUCAGAUAAAGGGCCCUCUAAAGACUUGAAUGGUGUUACUGACAGAUUCAUUCAGUUGAACAACAGGGCUUCUAAAGAAGUUUACAAUAUAAUCUUUAUCCUUCAGCCAUUUCAGCAGAAGCUCAAGGUAGAGAAGGACUUAAUCUGAAGAGAUUUGUUCUUGUGGCUUUUGUUUAAUGGAAAGAACCCCAAUAAGAUUCCUAGGAGUCUCACAAAGCUUUAAGAGAAUUAUAUUUUAAGGAUCACUGCCCCUGGGACUAAAGAAGACAGAGAGUAUGAAAUGAAGCCUUUGGAACCUCAAACUUCUACAGCAGGAAGCAAGGUGAAAAAACUACUCAGCUGUGCUACCUUUCAUGAAAAAUGAAGAAUGACUCAGAGGCUUGAACCUAGAGGGUAGAGUCCAGAGCUAUAGAGAGUCAUUUCCAGAUGGAAGUGGGACUGAGUCCUAAUCAGGGAAGUUCUAACAUUUGCCUGGCUGUAUUUCAGUGAUUCCUAUGUACUUCUCAUUUUCCCCCUUUUUGAACAGGAGUGUCUAUAGUGGUUACCUAUACCUGAUCAAAAAUUGGAUGAGUCAAAUAACUUGUCUUUUUAGCUUGGGGUCAGCAAACGUUUUCUGUAAAAGGUAAAUAGUAAAUAUUUUUGGCUUUGUCGGCCAUUUAGUCUCCCUGGCAACUACUGGACUCUGCCUUUGUUAUGUGAAAUAGCAGCUAUAGACAGUGUGUAAAUGAUGGGUGUGGUCAGAUAUGGUCUAAAUGCUGUAGUUUGCCCACUCCUGCUUUAGCUCGCUGGUCUGUAAAACAGGAGAGACUGUAUCCAGGAGGUGUACCUAAGGAAUUAUACCCAAGGGGCCUCAUCCACACCUGGAUCUGAUUUAAAUGAUGAGAUACGGGACUUGGAGCUGAUGCUGUAAUAUGAUGAGACUCUUGGAGUCUUGGGAGGAGCAUUCCAUAUUGGAAGAAGAGAUUUCUAUAGAUGAAAAAAAUGCCUUUGUUUAGUAAAUCACACAAAAAUCCAGCAGAAAUUGUGAAAACUCUGAAAGACAACAUGGCCAUUUUGGAAAAGCAAGACAAAAAGACAGACAAGACUUCAGAAGAAGUGUCGAAAUCACUGCAAGCAAUGAAAGAAAUUCUGUGUGGUGCAAAUGACAAGGAACCCCCAACGGAAGUUGUGGCUCAGCUGGCACAAGAACUCUACAAUAGUGGGCUGCUGGUGACACUGAUAGCUGACCUACAGUUGAUAGACUUUGAGGGAAAAAAAGAUGUGACCCAGAUAUUUAACAACAUCCUGAGAAGACAGAUAGGCACUCGGAGUCCUACUGUGGAGUACAUUAGUGCUCAUCCUCAUAUCCUCUUUAUGCUCCUCAAAGGAUAUGAAGCCCCACAGAUUGCCUUACGUUGUGGGAUUAUGCUGAGAGAAUGUAUUCGACAUGAACCACUUGCCAAAAUCAUCCUCUUUUCUAAUCAAUUCAGAGAUUUCUUUAAGUAUGUGGAGUUGUCAACAUUUGAUAUUGCUUCAGAUGCCUUUGCUACUUUUAAGGAUUUACUAACAAGACAUAAAGUAUUGGUAGCAGACUUCUUAGAACAAAAUUAUGACACAAUUUUUGAAGACUAUGAGAAAUUGCUUCAGUCUGAGAAUUAUGUGACUAAGAGACAAUCUUUAAAGCUGCUAGGUGAACUGAUCCUGGACCGACACAACUUCACCAUUAUGACAAAGUACAUCAGCAAGCCGGAGAACCUCAAGCUGAUGAUGAACCUCCUUCGAGAUAAAAGUCCCAACAUUCAGUUUGAAGCUUUCCAUGUCUUUAAGGUAUUUGUGGCCAGUCCUCACAAAACACAGCCUAUUGUGGAGAUUCUGUUAAAAAAUCAACCUAAACUCAUUGAGUUUCUGAGCAGCUUCCAAAAAGAAAGGACAGAUGAUGAGCAGUUCACCGAUGAGAAGAACUACUUGAUUAAACAGAUUCGCGACUUGAAGAAAACAGCCCCUUGAAGAUCUUAUCCAGUUUCCUGCCACAGUCACCGUCUCAUCUGUUCAGUUUGUACAAAAGUGUCAUUUCAAAAAGUAAUCGUUCUUGGGAAGUCUUUGGAGGUGCCUAUUUUUUCUCAAUUCAUUAUUCAAGGUAGAUGGAAUAUAAACAUUUGAAUGAAAAAAUAAUUAACCUAGAAUAAUGUAUUCAUUUAAAUCAAGUCUGUGGUUAUUUUUGUGAAAUCAGAGCCAUUGUACUUGACAUGGAGAAAAGCAAUUUUAACCCUUUGUUGAUGAAAGGCUACAGGGCUGUGGGCUUGCAGACCCGAGCUCUCAGCCACCAUGAGCCACCAAGUAGAAGCCCAAAUGAUGGGCGUCACUGAGUCCUCAAAGAGGAUUAAGUUCUCAGAGGAGAACUGGACAUGGGGGCGAGAGGUGCAAAACCGUCUUGCCUAUCUGCGCUUAGAUUUCUUAAGGCACUUAAAGAUCUGAGAAAAUAAGAUGCCUGUUUUCAGCCAUUACAUGUUCUUGUUCCUUGCCCAUAUCUUUUGACUGUAAUUAGUGGUUCCCAGCUUCCUAGGGAAUUGAUGCCCACCUCCCACUCAGCCUUCCUUUCUGCUCACUAUCCCACAUUCCAUCCCAAUGGAUCUCUUCAGCACAUCUGACUCAUGGCGCACGCACGCGCACACACAUGCUUACACACACACCCCACUCCGACCUGCAGUAAGGUUAGCAUGGAACCAACUAAGUACGAAUAAGAUGGAUUAACAAGGGUCAUAGGGGCAUAGAGGUGUAUGACCUACUCACUUGAGAACUUGGAACGGUGGUUAAGAACCACAGCUCCAGCUGUAGUCACUGCUGUUUCACACUGACUUCUGUAGGGUUAGGGAAUGUUUGGAAUAUUUCAUUCAUAACUGUCAUUAUGGGAAAGAUUUUUUUGUGGUGAAAGUGCGUUUUAGAGUAGGAGUCAUUGCAUUAGGAUGCCUAGCAUGUACAGCACCGUGGGUCCAGAGGGUUGCACAGGUCUUUAGACCACUUUUAUAAAUAAGGGAACGUUGCUGUUGGCUGGGCAAACAAAAUGCAUGAAAAAAUUCUCAAACUAAAAAUUUUUUUCAGUUUAUUUUCUAAUUAGCUGUCACUCGACUUUUCCAUCAAAGUCUUCAGUGAAAAGGUAGAAAACCUAUAAAAUUUUGGUCCCAAAUAUUCUCUUGCAUACUAGGAUGGUUAAGGAAUUAAUUUAGGUUCUUUAAAAAAGGCAUAGGACAACAACAAAAAAAAGGUCAUGAUUUGUUUUCAGCCGUCAAGUGUAUAAAAUGGAAUUUUAAAGCUAUAUUUACAAGGCAUUAAAGGUGCAAUUAUUAAUCUGUAUUUUUUCAUCAUUCUGUUUCCAAAUCAUGAGUUGUUGCCUUCCGUAAGAACCCUCACUUUUUACAAUAUCGGGUGCUGUGUUCUUCAAUCAGACAUGUCUCCACUCGGAGAGGGAAGUAUCCCUCCCCAGGGAUCCUUCUCCAGGAUCAGUGCCCUCUGUAAAUUUUGCAUCUGAAAAAUUACCUGGCAGAGUUUCACCCUUCUUAGCUGGGACACAGGGUUGUGUUUUCUGUGCCCAUGUGGAAUCCUGAGGCAGAUGGUGUGGGACCUGUGGGACCUUCUCAUGGCAGCUCUAGCCAAUGCUGGCGUGGGAGUGUCAGCCGGCAGUCGAUCUAAUGACCUUCAUUCUUUAGUCACUGAAGUCAGAUUAUUUCUAUAACAUUCCCUGACCAGUCCAGAGUCUCUUAGAACUUGACUUUUCUGGUUUUGCUUACUUGAUUAAAAGAGAAGAGUGUAAGUAUAAAAAGCGAAGGUGCAAUAACCAUUGGAAAUUUGUUUGGUUGCUUAAUACUGUUCCACAACAUCAUGGGACGCAUGUUUUCUAUUGGAAAGCAAGGCUUUGUUAUGAUUCUUUCUUAAUAAAUAAAACAUAUUUUAUUUCCUCUGGG